GAUUUUCUUUAGGUCCCUCAGGCUCAUGGUUAGCAUCAAGCGCAGUUUGACUUGAAGUCUUGGAUUUUUCUUUUCGGGCCACUUCGGAAACAUCCGGGAUAGACACGAGGAUUUUGCGGUCCUACAACUUGAAGACGCCUACAUGUACAUCUCGCACGAGAGGGAUCCAUCCAGGGUUACGUUUCAUAAGGACGCUUUUGUCGCAACGACGCCUUUUCUUUCGGCCGGUAUCGGUUUCUCCCAAACUCCAGAUUAUUCUUUGGUUGCCGGAUCUGUACCCCGAUCUUUUCGAUUUUGAGAUGUCGAAUAUAUUAUUACUGGGACCCUGAUUGUUGGUAUGUUUGUCACGCGAACAUUUCAUUCUGGAAAUACCUUAGCAGCGGCUGGAUCCAACCCUUUGAGUCUUCUUUUUCUAACCGUCACCCCGACUUCGCUGGCGUUGUUGUCAUGUCCAGUCCUAUUGCGAUCACACAUGGACCAGCUCUAGUGGGAAUCUUCCUCGCAUGUAUACUCUAUGGCGUCAUGCUACUCCAGUGUUUUUCGUUCUGGACGCAUUUUUCAAAAGACCGAAUGUGGCUUAGAUGCUAUGUUGGGCUCCUGCUUUUGGUCGAUACAUUAAGUACGAUAUUUGCAAUGUGGUGGAUAUAUAAUUUGCUCGUCAACAAUUUUGCAAACCUCAAUGCCUUUGCUAAUGCUGAUUGGCUUCUUGCGGCUGAUCCCGCUCUGGUUGGCAUCACCGGGACGUUUUGUCAACUUUUCUUUGCCUGGCGGAUCAAAGUGCUAACGGGAAAGUGGUGGCUUACUGCCAUCGUCACUACCCUAGCCGUUAUUUCUGGACUGGCCGCCAUCGGGUCGGGAAUCGCUGUUUCGUGGGUCGUAAAGUUGGCGGAUUUUAACAAAUUUCAAUCCGUCGGAUGCUUGUGGUUGGCGACAACGGCUGCCGUCGAUAUCCUUAUUACCGCUAUAGUGACGAUGAAUCUUAAUCAACGUCGUACUGGAUUCAGAGCGACAGAUAAGCUGCUCAAUAAAAUUGUGCGAGCCACCGUAGCGAACGGUCUUUUGACAAUGGUAUUCGCUAUCGUAGAAUUAUCCCUCUACGUAGGAAAGCCUGAUACAGGCUUACAUAUAGGAUUUAGUUUCGUUCUGCCUAAGCUCUACUGCAACUCUGUUCUUUCGAGUCUAAACGCUAGGAAGUCUGGCACACCUUCGUCAACCGACAACACAUCGAGUCAUAUAUCAGGGCAACGUCCACUCCCUGCUACCGGAGGACAUUCGACUCGACAGGAUCCACUCGUCAUUACUGUGAACACGGAACACCUCGAGAUGUAUGAUCUCAACAACUACAAUGCCAAAGGCAACUCGGAGUGGGACGACAGCGCAGAGGCUGGUUCGCAGCGUACCAAACAGAUCGAUGUUUAAAAGCUCGCGUUAUUUCUUGUGCUUGUUCUUUUUCAUGCUUCUGACUAGUCAGUGACUAGAGGGUGACUGGUAUUUGGAUAUAUUUUGGUUAAUGCCCUUUGGAUUGUAUGUUCUACCAAGGGUAUAGAUAUGUAGAUAUGUAAUAUCGUGACGCGCGACCCGCCGCGAUCGGCAAAAUUGGCAACGCUUUCGGAAGAUCUUCCUUCCGCAACACAACC